AGAGAAUUUUGCAGUCUUGCCAUAAUAUGUUCAGUCAGUAUGGUGGAAUCAAUGUUUUAAAGAACUGCUAAUGGUUAUUGGUUAGACAAAGGUUCUGUUGACUGAUGUGAUGCCCAUCCCACUCUGGGAAGAUAAAUGAUGGGCCUACAUAUAAUAUUUUGCUUCUGCGAAAAACCCAGCAUGCAUUUAGCUAAAAAUCUUGUAGUCUCCUGUUUCUAAAAUUGUAUUAUCUGUCAUUUUAUUUUUUGCUUCUGCCAAGGACCCAGCAUGCAUUUAACUAAAAAUCUUGCAGUCUCCUUGUUUUCCGAAACAUUGCAUUACCUGUCGUCUAAGUCUUCAGGUGGGUGAAGAUGCAUUUAUUCAUGUUACGCUUACAUGUGGGUAAUUACUUUGACUAAAUAUAGUAUACGCAUAGUUAGGGGGUCGGACUUCUACUUCCAUUGACGGGGCCAUACCCGGUGCCACAAUGGCUUAGUUCCAUCAUCCAUGGUGGGGGUUAUGUUUCGAGGGGUCUUCAGAAGAAUGUAAGGGCAAUGGCUAUGCGCCGUUGCUAUUUGGAGGAGGUGGAGGUGGUUUCAGGAAAUGGCAGAUCUAGUAAGACUUGGAUGGGAGAAGCUAGCCUCUCGGAUCUGUCUAUUGGGAUUGCCAGUGGACAACUUGAAAAGGAAAUUGGGAUGCCAUUGAGAGCGUCUCGGUUUGCUUUGAUAACGAAUCGAUCUCUUGAUUUCUUUGAGAGGAUAAUGUCAGUUUCGUCUUUGUUUUGAAUCCCCCAGUGCUUUUAAUAUAUUUGCUUAUAGUUAACUCAACACGAUAAAUCAUAAAUAUGUUUAACUAGAGAGACGAGUGAAUGCUGAAUGCAUAAAAAGCGGCAAUUGGCACACGUAAGCCUGAUAAAGCCUCCAGCCAAUACAGUUUAAAAGACCAAAAACCCAUGUCUGGAGAGUUCUAUUCAAUUCUCUCUCCUACCUAGACGAAUCGCGCAUAGAGAAAGAGAGAGAUGAGUUCGUCGUCGCCACAUCGUUCUCGUGACAAAGAGGAAAGACCGAGGUUCUUCGACCCCAAAGCCAAGAGUCUGUGCUGGGCUAAAGCCGAUGCAGUGCCAGGUCGUCACCCUGAUCGAUGGCGCAAAGAUGCCGCCGGCAACAUCGUCUGCAAGCGCUUCUGCAACUGCCAAGGCUGUCUCUGCUUUGAGUACGAUCACAUCAUUCCUUUCUCCAAAGGUGGUGAGUCCGUACCAGAGAAUUGUCAGAUCCUUCAAACAAGGGUAAAUAGGUUUAAAUCAGACAAAGACAAUGUGGACAAAACUCAGUUGCAAGGUUACUCUUGCGAUGUCAAGUUUACUGAUAAGGAGCUCGACAUAAUUGAAAUGGCUGUUUAUGGGGAUGUGAUUCGCCCAGGAAACCAGUGCCGUUGUAGAACUGUUGCCGAGAUGCUUGGGCAAUACAAGCCCAAAGAUCGCAUGGCAGCUUGCAAGUUGCCAUUUAAUGACGAGUCUCUAUAACAGAUACUGAUUGAACUUUUUCAGCAGAUCUACAUUGGAAGAAAUUGAACCAGGCAUUCUGUUGAAUUUGUCAUUUCUGACUUGUGGACACACAAGAUAUCUUGAAUAACAUUUUUUAAUUGAUAAGUACAUCUUGAUGCAUUUGAUUUGCAUUAUUGUAAUUGAAAUUUCCAUCUGACCUGUAAGCAGAUUGUAAUGAACAUUCAUUCAAAACCCUGUAAGAAAGGAUGCUUAGCUGUGCUUUAUAAUAAAAGCUAUUUUCUUUUUUAAA